UCCUUCGUAAAUGGGUGAGAAAUUUUUAUCUGAACGUGAAGAUUUUUUUAAAAAUAAUUUACGUGGUUGUGUUGAAAACGACAGUGAUUUAUUUGCAAUUCGAAAACACAAAAUAAGGGCAUUCUCGUGAUCGAAUAAUUUCUAAUGAAAACAAUUUCAUCGCUGUGAAAGCGUGAGGCGCGAGGGAAAAACGAGGGUGAUUUAUUCCUUGAUUUAAUUUACAGAUAUUAUAAUUGAUUACCGAUAAAUUAAUAAUUUAUCAGUAAUUUAGUAAAUUCAUUCAUGUUUUUAAAAUAUUUUGAAAUGUUGUAAGUGAGUCAGGGCAGUAUUGCUUGAGGUAGCGAAAAUGCGUAUGUGUGAGUGUGCGUUAAUCACGGCGAUCGAGUGCAAUCGCGGCAAUCACGCAUGAAGCAGCUGGACUUAAUGCUGCGCAGGGGACUCAUCGUACUGACGAAAUGGCCGGAGAAGUACUACCAUGGCUAAACAUCGACUACAUCAAGAGGAUAAUGCGACUAGCAGAGAACGACAAUACCUUGCAGGUGACCAAUAUAUCUACCAAAGCGGCCACGGACAAGGGCGACAACUAUUCCAGCGACAUGAUGAGGGUGAUGGUGGAGUUCACCCGUAAUAAAGGGGACAAACUGGUGACCGAGAAGAAGUCGAUGAUCCUCAAACUUGAACCACUCGAAGAAGGUGCUCGCCGAGAUCUGAUCAGUAAAAUUGGAGUCUUCGACACGGAGAUCUCUGCUCUAACCGAAGCCGUGAAGAAAAUGAAUCACAUGUUGGGACCUGAGGAACGUCUCUGCGCGAAAGUUUAUCACGUACGAAUGGAACCACCGUUGUGUUUGAUCCUGGAGGAUCUUUCUGUUCUUGGUUUUCGUAUGGCCGAUCGUCAACUUGGUCUCGACAUGGAUCACGCGUUAAUGGCUCUUAGAGGAAUAGCUAGGUUUCAUGCUGCGUCGGUCGCAUUGUGCGAAAAGGAACCGAAAUACAAAGAGCAGUAUAGAAAAGGAAUAAUCAGUAUGGAGUAUCCAGAGGAGAUGCACGUUUUCAUACCCGACACUCUAACAGGGAUGGCGGAUGAAGUGGAGAAGUGGCCAGGAUUUGGAAAAGCCUAUGCGGAUAAAGUUAGGGUGUUUGCAUCUAAUUCAUAUCGAAUAGGCGGCGAAGCUAUAGCGCGUAAGGACAACGAGUUCAAUGUGAUCAAUCAUGGGGAUUGUUGGGUGAACAACAUGUUGUUCCGGUAUGAUGACAAUGGAAAACCCAUUCAGCAUAUUUUCGUAGACUUUCAGCUAUGUUUAUACAGUUCACCUGCGGUUGAUCUACAUUACUUUAUGGCUACCAGCUUAAGCGAAGAAGUUUACAAACAUAGGAGUGGCUUGUUACUGGAGGAGUACUUGAAAGAGUUGACAAGUGUCAUGAAGAAACUUGGUUGUAAAACAUCACCACCCACCAAGGACGAAUUGCAGAGGAUCCUGAAAGAACGACAGACGUACGAAUUGAUAGCUUCGGCCGUUGUCUUGCCAAUAAUACUCUUAGACAAAGAUAACGCAGUGGAUGUCAAUAAACUAUUGCAAGAGGGUUUCAAAGAUAACCAUGGUCUGAAGUCAGAAGCCUUCCGGAAGGUGAUGAGCAAAAGAUUGCCCAGAUACAUGGAAAUGGGCUUACUCGACCAGUGAGUCUUAUAAUAUGUUUUAACACGCUCGAUGUUCUGUCGAUGAUGUCAAUUAAACGUUAGCGAUGGAACACGCGAUAUCGAGUGAACGGCAGUGGGUGUGUUAAAGAAAGAUUUUCGAGAAUCUAAUUCAAUGAGAAGUGAUGUCAAUUACGUACUCGAAUAUACGUGGGUAGAGGCUGUGUCGAAUUGUGAUCAAUUCAAAUGUUUUUUGUAAAUCACUUAGACUUAAUUAUGACGAAAAAGAGUUUGGAAGGUACACGCUUAGAUUAUUUCUUUUUUGUACGUGCACAACUCAAUGGUACAAAUUGAGCGAUAAAAUAAUGUCACCUAACAUGCAGAAUUAACAAAGGAUUAUUUUGGAUGAAAAUAAAAGAUUUUUGUUGUUAAUCGUGCCACGAUUUUGAAAGUGCUCGAACAUUGUGACACGUUACACAAUGAAAACAAAAUAAAAAAAUUGAAGAUCAAUGAAAAUAAACCAAGCAUACUCAUGUAACACGUGAUCCUAUCAAAAAAAGAAAGGGGAACAAUUCUAGUACGCUAUAAUUCACUAGGUAAAUUACGAAUGAACUUACUUGUCCCCUUUUUCUCUCCCAUUACUCAUGCUGUCCUUGAAACAAUCAUCAGGUCGUGUUGGUACCAAUGUUUAGAAUGAAUACGAUAAAGAUAUAUAUUUGACUCAACUGUGUGUAGUUGUUCACGUGUAUGAACUGAAGAAUGCUUACUAAGUAAUCUGAUCGGAGCCUUGACGGAUACUUAACUCAAACCUCAAUGUCCUUUCCCUCGUUUCUACCCUUUCACUCCAGAAUCUUACAAACGAUCAGUAAGGAGACGCAGAGAGGUAGUCCAGUGAAGGAAGUGUUGACGUAAGUGAGCAAUUAGCAAACGUUUAGAGUUUAACUAAUGGCCAUAGGCUCAACGGUUCAGCAAAUCAUCUUGCUGGACAUUGCCCCUGUAAGCUAGCUGAAAACGCAGCAGCCGCGAUGCACGUGGGAGUCAUAAUGUUAGAAUAAUCGGUUGUACGACUGAUGUAGCCUCCCGACUGAUACGACUAUUUCGUAGUACUGUUUUCGAACAAAAAAAUAAAAUAAAA